AUGCCUGAGAACAGCUCCUUUACCAACUGCUGCGAAGACGGCGGGCUGGCAGUGCGCCCAGGCCUCCCGGGGAUGAGCAGCACGCUGCCCUCCGGGACCCCCCGACCCCUCUGGGUGACCCCCUCGCUAGCUACCGUGCUCAUUGUCAUCACAGCCGUGGACGUCGUGGGCAACCUCCUGGUCAUCCUCUCAGUGCUCACGAACCGCAGGCUCCGGAACGCAGGUAACUUAUUCUUGGUGAGUCUGGCAUUGGCUGAUCUGGUGGUAGCCUUGUACCCUUACCCACUGACCCUCCUGGCAAUCUUCUAUGAUGGAUGGGUGCUGGGGGAAGCACACUGCAAAGCCAGCGCCUUUGUGAUGGGCUUCAGUGUGAUUGGCUCUGUCUUCAGCAUCACUGCUAUUGCCAUUAACCGCUAUUGCUACAUCUGCCACAGUGUGACCUAUCACCGGAUCUGUAGGCACUGGCACAUCCCUGUUUACAUCGGCCUCAUCUGGCUCCUCACCCUGGUGGCCUUAGUGCCCAACUUCUUCUUGGGAUCCCUGGAAUAUGACCCACGCAUCUAUUCCUGCACCUUCAUCCAGACAGCCAGCGCACAGUACACAGCGGCAGUGGUAGUCAUCCACUUCAUCCUCCCCAUUGCCGUAGUGACCUUCUGUUACCUGCAAAUCUGGGUGCUGGUGCUUCAGGCUCACAGGAAAGCCAGGUCGGAGAACCAGCUGUGCACACGACCCAGACAAAUGCGGAGCUUUCUAACCAUGUUUGUGGUAUUCGUGAUCUUUGCCAUCUGCUGGGCCCCCCUUAACUGCAUCGGCCUUGCUGUGGCCAUAAAUCCAGAACAAAUAGCUCCCCGGAUCCCAGAGGGGCUCUUUGUCACUAGCUACUUCCUGGCUUAUUUCAAUAGUUGUCUUAAUACUAUUGUCUAUGGGCUCCUGAACCAGAACUUCCGCAGGGAGUACAAGAAGAUCCUCUCUUCCCUCUGGACUCCACAGAGAUGA